AAACUCAAGUACUAUAUUCUUUUUUAUGUCAGAUUGAAUCUUAUCACACCAAAAUCAUAGAGAGAGGUCCAAAACGAAGGACAUAGAUCAAUAUCAAUAUGGUGCGCAGAAAUGGUGUUUUGGUACCCUUGGCUGCUCUUCUUCUGGGUGCACUUGCAAUAGCUUUCAAUUUUAUUGCUUACGCCAAAUCCAGAAUUAGUAAGGUUAGAGAACCAGAUGGGUCGUGUGUGUAUUCAGGCAGUAGCAGUCCAUCAACAGCUCUUGGCAUAAUGGCUGCAAUAUUUCUACUAGCUGAGCAGAUUCUAAUUAGUGCUGCCACUUACUGCUUUUGCUGUUGUGGUCAACGUUGUUCUGCAAUGUGCACCACCAUAACUUCAAUUAUUUUCUUCAUUGGUUCCUGGAUAACUUUUGUGAUAGCAUUCCUUGGAUUGGUAUCUAUAACACUCCUGGGUAGCACCAGCAAUCUAGCAAGAGACUAUCCUAGUAUCAACAAAUACAAUUGCGAUAUGGGCAAACAAACUUUGUUCCUUGGGACUGGAUUUUGGUGCAUAAUCAGUGUUGUUUUAGGUCUCAUCUCUUAUGCUUUCUGGAAGUGUGGUGCUUCUAAAAGAAAUAAUAACUCAUUAGGAGUUGCUAAUCUUGAGCAAGGUGUUGCUAUGGGAGAACCUCAUUAUGGAGCUAAUACCAAAGGAACAAUCUAGCUAGAUGACGAUGAUGCAUAAUGUUGGUUAUUUGUUGUAUAGACAAAGAUCAAUCUGACAAAUCCAUAAUCAAAUGGUGCAAUUAAGUGUAUCUUUGUAUCUAAAAAAAAUCCCCCUUAGGAAGUUUAUUGUAAAUUUUAAGAUUAUUGUUCAUCUUUUGAUGAUAUAUAGUUUCCUUGUAAUUGAGCUUAAAGAUUAAUAUUUCAUCUUUUAGUAGAAUCUUGUGCAACCAAUUAGGGAUGUACCACUAUUUAUUAAUUCAAUUGGAAUUAGUUUGUAUCUUA